UUCUUCUUCACCUUCAUUAACAGUUCAUAGGGAAAGAAAGAUAGAAAAGCAGAACCCAAAACAGAGCUCCAAUUAAAAAAGCAAAAGCAAAAAAGAAAGAGAAAAAUUAAAAAUUAAAAAAAAAAUGAGGAAGACCUUCUUUAUAAUCGACCAAAAAGGCUCCAAAAACCCAAAAAGAAAUAAAGAAAAGCAUUCCACGUAACUCGAAAGCUGACCACGUUAAGCAAACAACAAAGCUAUACUUACCAAGAGAAGAUCCACUCUAUAUACUCUGGAAUCCCAUCUAUAUCAAUUAUGUUUCCUUAUAAGUACCCUCUCUCAUUUCCACUAACAACCCUUUCGAGCUCACUUCACAAAUGGCUCACCAUGAGAUUGUUGUUGCUGACCCCAUUUUCUAUGACUGCGAACAAGAUGAAGCCGGACCCAGCUCCAGUUCAAUUACUAUUAGUUCUCCCAUUGAUGACCAAAACAGUGUUCCUGAGCCAUUUGAGAGUGAGAGGUUGCCUCCUACUUUGGCUACUGAAAUCCAGAGAUUCCUUCGUGUGGCCAACUUGGUUGAAAUUGAGGAGCCACGUAUUGCUUUUUUAUGCCGUGUACAUGCCUUUGAAAUAGCACAUAACAUGGACAAAAAUUCAAGUGGAAGAGGUGUUCGACAAUUCAAAACUUCUCUUCUCAAGCGCCUUGAGUCGGAUGAGAUAACUACACUUAUGAAGAGGAAGGAAACUAGCGAUGUACGCGAACUCAGACGUGUUUACCGUGAAUACAAGGAAUAUAUUUAUCAAAAUGUUAGAAAUUCUGCAUUAGAACAUAGUCACAGAGAAAUGUUGAUAAAUGCGUACACAAUUGCCUCUGUGUUGCUUGAAGUUCUCACAAGAAUAACAAGUGCAGCCAAUCCUCAGGCUCUUGCAAAUAGAGAAAGAGCCAACAAAAAAGCAGACUUCUUUGUGCCUUAUAAUAUUUUACCACUUGAUCAUGGAGGCAUUCAACAAGCAAUAAUGCAACUCAACGAGAUAAAGGCUGCAAUCGCUGCUGUUCGCAAUGUUCGUGGCUUACCUUCAGCCCAAGAUUUUCAGAGGCAUGGUGAAUUCAUUGACUUGUUUGAUUUUCUUCAGUACUGCUUUGGAUUUCAGGAAGGCAAUGUUGCCAACCAAAGGGAACAUCUGAUUCUUCUCCUCGCAAAUAUUCACAUUCGGAAAGCUAGUAAGCAGUCUGUCUUGAAGUUAGAAGAAGUUGUUGUGGAUGAGUUGAUGAGGAAGUUCUUCAAAAAUUAUACAAAUUGGUGCAAAUUCCUUCCAAGAAAAAGCAACAUCCGGCUGCCUUAUGUGAAACAAGAGGCUCAGCAGUAUAAACUUUUGUACAUUGGGCUUUACCUUCUUAUUUGGGGAGAGGCUGCAAACUUGCGGUUCAUGCCAGAGUGUUUAUGUUAUAUAUUUCACCAUAUGGCUUCUGAAUUGCAUGGUAUGUUAACUGGAGCUAUUAAUCCCACAACAUGGGAGAAAGUCAUGCCAGCAUAUGGUGGAGGACCAGAGUCUUUCCUUAACAAUGUAGUUACCCCUAUAUACACAGUUAUAAAAAAGGAAGCCGAAAAAAGUAAAAAUGGGACAACUGACCAUUCAAUUUGGAGAAACUAUGACGAUCUCAAUGAGUAUUUUUGGUCUCCUGAUUGUUUCCAAAUAGGAUGGCCGAUGCGUCCUGACCACAAUUUCUUCUUUACUAACAGUGAACCCAAAGAUGAGAAGGCUUCAGGAUCAAGUAAAGCUAAAGAAAAACAGAAAAGAGAAGAGUCACAAGAGGAAGAAGAGGACAAUGAUGAGCAUGAAGAACUAGGGGAAAAGUGUACUGAUAAGAAAGAUGAGCAAGAAUGGUUAGGGAAGUCAAAUUUUGUAGAGGUGCGAUCAUUUUGGCAGAUCUUUAGGAGUUUCGAUAGAAUGUGGAGCUUUUUCCUUCUAUCCUUCCAGGCGAUGAUUAUUAUGGCGUGCUAUGAAUUGGAAUCUCCACUUCAAUUGUUUGAUUCAGGAAUAUUUGAGGACAUUUUGAGCAUUUUCAUUACAUCUUCAAUUCUCAAACUCAUACAAGCAAUAUUGGAUAUAAGUUUUACAUGGAAAGCAAGGCAAAUGAUGGUAUACCGUGAAAAGAUAAGACUAAAGGUGAAGCUGGUUGUUGCCGUGAUAUGGACAAUUGUUCUUCCUACGUGCUAUGCUUAUUCCAGAAGAAAAUACACUUGUUUCUCCUCACAAUAUGGAAGCUGGCUAGAAGAAUGGUGUCUCUCUUCCUAUUUGGUUGCAGUUGGAAUUUAUAUGAUACCUAAUGCAAUUGAGAUGGUGUUAUUUUUUGUUCCUGCUGUUAGAAAGUACAUUGAGGUAUCAAAUUGGAGAAUAUUCACUCUACUUGCUUGGACACAACCUAGAUUAUAUGUGGGACGUGGGAUGCAAGAAAGCCAGGUCUCAGUGUUGAAGUACACAUUGUUCUGGAUACUAGUACUAUCGAGCAAAUUUUCUUUCAGUUACUGGUUUGAGAUAAAGCCUCUCAUAGGACCAACAAAGCAAAUCAUGAAAAUUGGUGUGAAAAAUUAUGACUGGCAUGAGCUUUUCCCAAAAGUACAGAAUAAUGCUGGUGCAAUCGUUGCAGUAUGGGCUCCUAUAGUAGUUGUAUAUUUCAUGGACACACAGAUAUGGUAUUCUGUUUUCUGUACAAUAUUCGGUGGACUUUAUGGUAUUCUGCAUCACCUUGGUGAGAUUCGGACGUUAGGAAUGUUGAGAAGUAGAUUUCACACCUUGCCAUCAGCAUUUGAUGCCUGUCUAAUUCCACCUUCAUCAAAGAAUGAGAAAAAGGGACGAAAAGGUUUCUUUCAAAACAGAUUUCAUAAGGAGUCAGGAGUUGGAAAGGAUGGUGUUGCCAAGUUCGUACUUGUGUGGAACCAAGUUAUAAACAGUAUUAGAUCGGAGGACUUAAUUAGCAAUAGGGAGGUGGAUUUGAUGACAAUACCUAUGUCAUCAGAAUUAUUUUCUGGUGUUGUCCGCUGGCCGGUUUUUCUUAUAGCUAAUAAGUUUUCUACGGCGCUAAGCAUUGCAAGGGAUUUUGUGGGGAAAGAUGAAAUUCUUGUCAGAAAGAUUAGAAGGGACAAAUGCAUGUAUUAUGCUGUAACGGAGUGCUAUGAAACAUUGAAGAACAUCCUUAAGUUUCUCAUUGUCAGAGAUUUGGAAAAGAGGGUCAUAUCUGAAAUAAUAAGUGAUGUUGAAGAAAGCCUUAAAAGAUCAACUCUUCUUGAGGACUUUAAAAUGACUGAGCUUCCAAAUUUACGAGAUAAAUUUGUUGAGUUGCUUGAACUUCUGGUUGAAGGAAAUGAAGAUCAUGCUGGUAAAGUAGUUAAAGUUCUACAGGACAUAUUUGAAAUUAUAACCAACGAUAUGAUGGUUGACUCUGCCAGAAUAAUGGAAUUGCUAAGUUCUUUCCAGGAGACGGAUGAGGAAGCUCCUUACUUUUGCAGACACAUUGAACCACAAUUAUUUGAAAAGUACGCCGGUGAGAUGUCCAUCCAAUUUCCCUUGCCAGACAAUGCACCAAUGGAUGAGCAGAUCAGGCGUCUUAUUUUGCUACUUACUGUCAAAGAUAGUGCACUGGAUGUACCUACUAACUUGGAUGCUCGCCGGCGCAUAUCAUUCUUUUCUACUUCCCUGUUCAUGAAUAUGCCCACAGCUCCUAGAGUGCAAAAUAUGCUGUCAUUCAGUGUUCUUACUCCCCAUUACAUGGAAGAUGUAAAUUUUUCAAGGAACGAGCUUCAUUCUAGUCAGCGAGAAGUUUCAAUUAUAUUUUACAUGCAAAAGAUCUUUCCAGAUGAAUGGAAAAACUUCUUAGAACGGAUGGAAUGUGCAAGUUUGGAAGCAUUGAAAGCUGAAGACAAGGAGGAAGAACUUAGAAAUUGGGCUUCUUUCCGGGGCCAAACUCUAAGCCGAACAGUUAGGGGGAUGAUGUACUACAGAGAGGCUUUAAAACUACAAGCAUUCCUUGACAUGGCUCAAGAUGAAGAUAUUCUUGGAGGUUAUGAUACAGAUAACCAUGUAUUAUCCGCUCAACUAGAUGCUUUAGCAGACUUAAAGUUUACAUAUGUGAUUUCUUGUCAACAAUUUGGAUCACAAAAAUCGGCUGGUGAUCCUCGUGCACAAGACAUAAUUGAUUUGAUGAAAAGGAACCCAGCUCUGCGUGUUGCUUAUGUUGAAGAGAAAGAAGUGAUUGUGCCAGAUAGUAAGCCUCAAAAGAUUUACUCUUCCAUACUGCUCAAAGCUGUCAACGGUUUUGACCAGGAAAUAUAUCGUAUUAAGCUUCCUGGUCCACCCGAAAUUGGAGAAGGAAAACCUGAAAAUCAAAACCAUGCCAUAAUAUUUACUCGUGGCGAAGCUCUUCAGACCAUUGACAUGAAUCAAGAUAGCUAUUUGGAAGAAGCAUUCAAAAUGAGAAAUCUUUUGCAAGAAUUUCUUCGAAGCCAAGGAAGGCGUCCCCCUACAAUUCUUGGCUUGAGAGAACAUAUAUUCACUGGAAGUGUUUCUUCUCUAGCGUGGUUCAUGUCAUAUCAAGAGACUAGUUUCGUGACCAUUGGCCAAAGACUUCUUGCUAAACCUCUCAGGGUACGAUUCCACUAUGGACAUCCAGAUGUAUUUGAUAGAAUAUUUCACAUAACGAGGGGUGGCAUAAGCAAGGCAUCAAAAACAAUCAACCUGAGUGAAGAUGUUUUUGCAGGCUUUAAUUCUAUUUUGCGAAGAGGAUGUAUUACAUACCACGAAUACAUGCAAGUUGGCAAAGGUCGUGAUGUGGGUUUGAAUCAGAUCUCCAAGUUUGAAGCCAAAGUAGCUAAUGGAAACAGUGAACAAACUCUAAGCCGUGACAUAUAUCGCCUUGGACGCCAGUUUGAUUUCUUCCGGAUGCUAUCCUGCUAUUUCACAACAAUUGGAUUUUAUUUGAGUAGCCUGAUGUCAGUGAUUGGAAUCUAUGUCUUCCUCUACGGGCAGUUAUAUCUUGUUCUGAGUGGGUUACAAAAAGCACUAGUUAUUGAGGCUAGAGUGCAUAACAUAGAAUCUUUAGAAACUGCUCUUGCUUCCCAGUCCUUUAUACAGCUGGGGCUCCUUACAGGCUUGCCAAUGGUGAUGGAGAUUGGACUAGAGAAAGGAUUCUUGACUGCCCUUAAAGAUUUUGUUCUUAUGCAAUUGCAGCUGGCUGCUGUUUUCUUCACUUUUGCUCUUGGAACAAAAACUCAUCAUUAUGGUCGGACAAUUAUGCAUGGGGGUGCUAAAUAUAGACCCACCGGGCGUAAGGUUGUGGUGUUCCAUACCAGCUUCACUGAGAACUAUAGAUUGUACUCAAGAAGCCACUUUGUUAAAGGAUUUGAACUACUGCUCCUCUUGAUUGUUUAUGAUCUGUUUAGGCGGUCCUAUGAGAGCAGCAUGGCCUAUGUGUUGAUCACAUAUUCUGUUUGGUUUAUGUCAAUCACUUGGUUGUUUGGACCUUUUUUGUUUAACCCAUCUGGAUUUAGCUGGGAAAAGAUUGUAGAUGACUGGAAAGACUGGAAUAAGUGGAUCAGACAGCAAGGUGGCAUAGGGAUUCAACAAGACAAAAGUUGGCAAUCAUGGUGGAACGAUGAACAAGCUCAUCUUCGUUGUUCAGGAUUAUUUUCCAGGCUGUUUGAAAUACUCCUUUCUCUUCGGUUUUUCCUGUAUCAAUAUGGUCUGGUUUAUCACCUUGACAUCUCCCAGCAGAGCAAAAAUGUCCUAGUUUAUGUGCUCUCAUGGAUUGUGAUUCUUGCCGUUUUCCUGUUAGCCAAGACGGUGAACAUCGGAAGAAAAAAAUUGAGUACUAACUACCAACUCCGGUUUAGGCUGUUCAAAGCAGGCCUUUUCAUUACUGUUCUUUCCACCAUAAUCAUGCUCUCUAAAAUCUGCCAACUAUCAUUGAGGGACUUAAUAGUAUGCUGCCUAGCAUUUCUGCCAACUGGUUGGGGUUUGAUCACGAUUGCUCAAGCUGUAAGGCCAAAGAUAGAUGACACUGGAAUAUGGGACUUUGCCAGGGUCAUUGCUAAAGCAUAUGAUUAUGGAAUGGGUGUUGUCCUAUUUACACCUCUAGCUAUUUUGGCUUGGCUUCCAAUUAUAUCAGCCUUCCAAACUCGAUUCUUAUUCAAUGAAGCCUUCAAUAGGCAUUUGCACAUCCAACCAAUCCUUGCAGGAAAAAGAAAGAAGAAAUAGUCUGUUUCAACCAAUAUCAGCACAUAUAUAAUGUAGAGAAAAAAAGAUAUUUUUGUAACAUUUGUGUAUAUUACAAAUUCGUAAAACAUUAAACUGUAUAUAGACAAUUCAAAACUGUUAAAGAAUAUAGAAAUACAACCAUUUAUUUAUUAGUUACAGAAUCAUGUUUGCAUUAACAAAUAUGUACUUUGUCAUUGUUAUUGUCACACCAUGUUAGCAGGGUUAUAAAACAGGAUUACGAAA